AUGCCACUUACAAAGUCAAUCUUCGCGUUGCUCCUGUUUUCGCUAUGCCUCGCGAUACAAGCCAGCCCCGUCCCCGCCACCCUUUCCACUCGAUACAAAUCCCCAUUCUCAGUCCUUCUCCAACGCGAAGGCGACAAAAACGACAAGGAUUUCACAGUCCUAGAAAAGGCGAUCUUGUAUACUGUCAUCUUUCUCAGCGUGACAAUACUGUGCCUAUGGCUUCUCAUAGGCAUCAUAGUUGCGAUUGUGCGGAGGAAGAACGACAAGACAUUUUGGGGGAACUUCAAGGAUGGCAUGCAGUCAAAGAAGGAUGUGGGUUAUUUGUGA